AUGCGGAUACGCUCUGCGCUUUUCGUCCUGCUUCCUGUGGCGGCAGCCGCGCCGGCCCUCACCAUCCCCGUGACGCUCGGCGUGCUCGUCACCACCGUCACCAUGGGUGACCCCGGCCCGACGGCGACAAUAGCGACGACGCCCACCGCCGCCGCCGCCGGCGCGAUCCAGACAGUCACUGUCCCCGGCACCACGGUCGUGGCGUACGGCUCGACGUACACUUUGCCCGGCACGACGAUCUACUCGACGACCGCGCGGAGCGUGUACAACACGUUCGCGACGACGGUGGCCAACACGCCAACGACGGCCUUCACGGCCGGCGAGGGGCGCUUCGAGUCGACAUACGACGUCGCCACUACGACCAUCACGCUUGCCGGCGGCGAGCUCUCAACGAGUACGAUACGCACCACGACGGUGGUGUACCCGCCCCGGAACACGGCACAGUGGACAUGGACCGCGGUCGAACUCCAGCGGCCCGAGCCUACCCCGGGCGCCAUCUUCAACGAGCAGGUGUGGGCCGCGCAGAGCCGCGCGAGCUCGCUGCACGGCGCGAUGGUCAUCACUGUCAUCGUGUCGACGCUGCUCAUGGCCCUCGUCGGCUUCCCCGCGUGGCUGUGGUACCACUUCGUCACGGUCAAGCGCGAGAUGACGGGCCGGCGGAACGUGCUGAGCGACAGCGGCGGCGGCAACGGCACCGUGCAAGACUGGGAGAUGAUGCGCCACGCCGGGACGGCAGAGCGCGCCGCCAUCGACAGGCAACAUGCGCGCGACGCGGCUGCCGAGGCGGACCCCGCGCCGGCGUACACCCCUCCCUCCGAGGGUGUGCUCCCGCAGUACGGGGCCGACGAAGAGCGCCAGCGGCUGCUGGUCUCCGGUGCGGCCGUCGCCACGGCGGCGGGGGCGGCGCUCGCCAACGUGCCUGUCGCGAGGGGAGCUCCCGUCGCCACCGCUGCGGCGCCGAGCGCUGCGGGCCCCGCAGCAGCCGCGCGCGCAUGGGUCACGACGGCGGUCGAGGCGUCGACCCGCGUGCCAGGCGUGCCGUAUCCCUACUCCUACACGCCAGUGACCUUCAACACGACGAUGCGCGUCCCGGACGCGACGGUGACCUCGACGUCCUACUCGUACAAGGGCUGGUCGCCGUCCGGCGCGGCGCAGCUGGCCGCCGCGAAUCGGCAGUACACUGCCGCGCAGGUCGGCAUCGCGCUGGGCAUCAUCAUCCCGUGGGGGCUUAUCGCGCUGUGUUUCUUGAUAUCGUGGCGCAAGGUGCGCAGAUGGCGCAAGGUCCAGAAGUACCUCGAGGGCGGGGACGUCGACUACUCCGCCGUGCGGGCUGCGCGGUGCGACGCUGCAUCGCCCACCCAGGCCAGCGCCCAGCGGGCAACGACGAUCACAAUCACCCAGCCGCAGACGACAGCUCCGGGGCACGAGCAGACGGCCAUGACGACGAUCGUCGCCAACCCGCACCUGACGUACACGCUCGGCGCCGACACGACGGCAGAGUACUUCACCACGACGAUCGUGAGCACCAUCAUGGGCAAGAUCCAAGACACGCAGAUCACGUCGGUGCCGUACCCGGCCGCGACGGCGCCGUUCGUCUGGACCGUCACGCAGUCGACCGACGACUGGUUCCGCGAAGACCGGAAAGCGGACAAGCUGUUCAAUGCGUUCUUGGCCAGCAUCAUCACGAGCCUCUGCCUCGCGGGCUUUGUUGGCUUGACGCUCGUACUGUGGUACCGCAGGAGGGUACGCCGCGAGAUGGAGCGCGGAGACGGGGACGGGGACGAGGCGCCGCCGGCGUACUCCCCGCCACGGGGCCGCUCGGUGUACUCGGUGUACUCGGUCUCAUCGGGCAAGGGCCUAGUCGGCACCGCAGCGGCAGCAAUGGCGCUCCCCAAGGCGUUCGCCGCGCCCCUCCGCCGCGCGCUGGUCGCGACCACAAUGACGCUGUCCACCGAGUCGCGCGACCAGCUGGGCCUGUACUCGCCCGCCGCGACAGGCGUGAUCACGACCACUUUGCGCAUCCCGGACAAGACGCAGACCGUCUUCCCGUACACCACGCAGGCGAGCUACAUCAAGGCCGUGCAUCGGCAACACGUGUACGCGGGGCUGAUUGGCCACUCGUUCCUCAAGUUGCGCCGCUGGCGCCAGCGACAGCGCGCCGCGCACAACGUGCCCCUCGGCAUGCUCGGCGCGGCGCCGGGGACCAAGUAG